UUGUGAGGAUUGACUCAAACUGCGUACAACGUUCUGAGCAGAGUGACGACGAGCAAGCAGAGGAAAAUAACAGACCUAUCACAAUGAUGACCAAACCUUUCGGGAAGGCUGGCGACGUGUCUGAGCUGGUGAGCUCCCUUGGCUGGCUGGACGACGACGUUAGCUCCGUGGACGGAGAGGACAGCUCGGACAUGAGGGGGCGCUGUGGGCUGACGACAGACGGCCUGGAGGGCUCCACGGAGCUCUGCAGCGACGACAUGGAGGAAGACGAAGAAGACGACCAGGAGAUAAUCGGGCCCAACGGGGAGGAGCUUCCCAAACGACGCGGCCCCAAGAGGAAGAAGGUGCCCAAAGUGAGGCAGGAGCGGGUUCGCGUCCGGCGGGUCAAGGCCAACGCUCGCGAGCGCUCUCGCAUGCACGGACUCAACGACGCCCUCGACAACCUGCGGCGCGUCAUGCCCUGCUACUCCAAGACCCAGAAGCUGUCCAAGAUCGAGACCCUGCGGCUGGCUCGCAACUACAUCUGGGCCCUGUCGGAGGUGCUGGACAGCGGGCGCUCCCCGGAGAGCCUGGGCUUCAUGGAGAUGCUGUGCAAGGGCCUGUCUCAGCCCACCAGCAACCUGGUGGCCGGCUGCCUGCAGCUGGGGGCCACUCCCAUGAUGCUCAACCAGAUGGAGGACAAGUGUGGGGGCGUCCCGGGGGCCGGCGUCGGAGGGCCCCAGGCCGGGCAUCACCUCAGCUUCCCCUCCCCGGGUCUCCCCAGCCCUCCCUACGGCUCCCUGGAGGCCUCCCAUCUCCUCCACGUCAAGGGCUUCAAGGGCCCAUCCUACGACCACCCCUCCUCGGGCGAGUGCAGCGGUGGCAGCCCCCCGUACGACGGGCCCCUCACCCCCCCGCUCAGCAUCAGCGGCCAGUUCUCCCUGAAGCAAGAGCCCUCUCCCAUCGAGGGGGAGAGGACCUACACCGCCCCCCACGCCGGCCACUACCUCUCGUCCCACCACUACCCCUCCUCGGCCAUGGGGGGGCUGCCGGGGGGCCAAGCGGGCCACGUGCUCUUCCGGCCGUCCCGCUACGAGCUCCCACUGGAAAUGGCCUUUGACUCCUUCGCUCCGUCACAUAUGGUCCCCUCGCAGAUGGGAGCCAUUUACAGUGAAUGA